AUGCCAGGGCACGAUACAGAACCUAGCAAUAGCGAGCACGUUGGUUCUAGAAACGCCAGAGGAGAAGGUGACACAGAGGAAGAGGGAAGGAAUAUGCAGAAUGAGUUGCGAAACCUCAAGAAAAAAAAUGAGGAGAUGGUAAGGAAGAUGGACACCUCAUCAUCGGUGGUUGAGCUACUUACUAGCACGGCCUGCCUUGCAAUGAAGAGGUAUUUAGGGGUACCAGUUGUUUAUGGAAGACUAAAGUUGAUACAUUUUCCGGAUAUUAUUCAUAGAAUUCGGAUGAAGUUUGAAGGCUGGAAGAUUAAUUUUCUUUCCACUGGGGCGAGGCUGAUUCUGUUGAAGCAUGUCUUGUCAAGCAUACCUGUUCACCUGCUAUCUGUGCUGCAUGUUCCGACAAUGGUUUUUCAUCAAUUCAAUAAGAUUUUUAGCACAUUUUUUUGGGGAUCAAUCAAUGGGAGUCCUAAGAAGAAGUGGAUUAAACGGGACAGAUUGUGCAAACUGGUGGAUGAGGGAGGGGUUGGUUUGAGGAAUCUUGUUGAUGUACAAAGAUCUUUACAUCUAAAAUUUGCAUGGAACCUGUUAUGUUCAGAUUCUUUAUGGAAAAUAUUUUUCUGUGCGAAGUACAUGCAUGGACAACAUUUGCUGGAGAUCAAUCCAUCUAGAGGCACCUGGUUUUGGAAAUCAAUUUCUAAAGAAAUUCCAAUUGUUCUCUCACACUCAAAGUGGAAAAUUAGAGAUGGGAAUGUGUCUUUCUGGAGAGACAAUUGGCUUAGUACUGGAUCUCUAAUUGAUCAGUAUCCGAUUGUGGGAGAUCCGAAGUUGAAGGUGAAACACUGCAUGAUAGAUAAUAGUUGGGAUCUGGAUCUCCUAGAGAACUUAGUAGGGCCGGAGAAAACAGAGCAGAUAGUCAAUGAUAUCAGGGAAGGAGCCUUUAAGGAUAUUAAUCAUGUGUUAUAUAGAGGUGAUAUUGCUUCAAUCAUAUGGAAAUUCAGCUCAAAUUGUUUUGGAAUUCCGUUUGUCCCAAACCGGUCUUGGAGAGCAACGGUUGAGGCGUGGUUUUGGAGAGCAUCGAAGUCGUCUCAACUUGGUAGCCUCAUCGUUCACAUUCCUGUGAUCAUUACUUGGAACUUAUGGAAUUGGCGAUGUAAAGCUCAGAUGGAAGGCAGAAAAGAGAAAGUACAUGUUUUAUGGAGAUUGAUAAAGUAUUGGAUUUAUUGGGUUGGUCUUAAGAUUAACAAAGCUUCUCGGCUAGUGGAGAAUGAUGUCAAGAUUUUGAGGUGUUUGAAUCUUUCUAUUAAUCCCAGUAAGAAGGAAAAACUAAUGGUAGUGAGAUGGGAGAAACCAAAGCGAGAUUGGCUUAAAAUGAAUGUGGAUGGAAGUAGUAUAAACAAUCUUGGAAUUUUGGGUGCAGGUGGUGUAGUAAGAAAUGAGUUCGGGCGAGUGGUUUUUGCUGAGUCUAUUGGUAAUGGAAGUAAUAAUAUUGCAGAAGUUAUGGCCCUUUGGAUUAAUCCAACAUUGUAA